CUACCACGAGUUUUUGCCGACUCUGUUAAGCUUUUUUAUGUUGUCAUAUUUAGGAUUGUAAACUGUCUUCUUUUUAUUAGGAUAUUUUAGUCAGUAACCGUCGCUUUGUUAAUUCUUCUGAUGACAGCCGUAUAGGUGUGUGAGUUUGCUGGAAUAUUCAACAUUAUGUGCAGGACUUCCAUCUUCUUUCAGAUCUUACUACUAAUGUGUUGUGUGUUUGGUGCUGAUGUAGAUGAAAAGAGGUCAGUGAUGGAGGGAGAUUCUGUCACUUUGAACCUCGAUCAGGAUAUACAUGGGAUUAUUCUGGUGCAGUGGAAGUUUGGAGACAAAGGUUCCACCAUUGCUGAAAUUGAUAGAAAUAAAAUAUCAUAUCCUGAACUAAAUGAGCUAUUCAGAGGCAGACUGAAGCUGAAUCAGACUGGAUCUCUCUCCAUCAUCAAUAUAAGAACUAAACACUCUGGACUUUAUAAAGUACAGAUCGACCACCGUGGGCUUCCCUUAAAAAGGAGCUUUAAAGUUGAUGUCUGUGAGGUUCCAUCUGUUAUUAAAGCUCAUAAAGCUGAAAUGAAUAGCAUGUCAGUGACGAAAGGGACUUCUGCUGUUCUUCAGACUGAUGUUACUGAAUUGCAUGGAGAUGAGCUAAUAGUGUGGAGAUUUGGAGAUGAAGGAAAACUGCUUGCUAAAGAAGAUAAAGAGACGAAGAAUCCACCAUAUUAUAAUACCGAUGAGAGAUUCAGACACAGACUAGAGCUGAAUGACGUGACCGGAUCUCUGACCAUUAAGAAGAUGAAAGACACAGACGCUGGACUUUAUACAGUGAAGAUCAACAGCAAUGAACAGAUAGCAUACAAGAAGUUCAUUGUUACUGUCAAAGAGCAUGUACAGCGAGGAGAAUCUGUCACUCUAGAGCCUGACACUGAAAUAGAGAGAGAUGAUGAGAUACAGUGGACUUUUGGAGAGAAAGAUGAGCUGAUUGCAAAAAUGGGAAAAAUGACAGGAGAGACCAGAGAGAUAACAUAUCCUGGUGAAGGAUUCAGAGACAGAUUGAAGCUGGACCAGAAGACUGGAUCUCUGACCAUCAGGAACAUCACUAUUAAACACACUGGAGAUUUUAAAGUGAAGAUCAGCAACUGGAGAAAAAUCACUAAAACAAAGAACUUCUCUAUUAUAAUCAAAGCGGAGACGAAGUGUGUGCAGUGAGGGGAAUCUGUCACUCUAGAGCCUGACACUGAAAUAGAGAGAGAUGAUGAGAUACAGUGGACUUUUGGAGAGAAAGA